GGCGCGGUUAGGGUUUAUCUCCUCACGCCGCAACUUCCCUCGAGCCCCCUUGCAAAGGAAAAAGGCGGCGUUCGGCAGCGGCGGAGCGGAGAUGUCGGAGAAGAAGCGCGGCGCCGGCACCCGCAAGGACGAGGUGGUGACCCGCGAGUACACCAUCAACCUCCACAAGCGCCUCCACGGAUGCACCUUCAAGAAGAAGGCACCAAAUGCCAUCAAGGAGAUCAGGAAGUUUGCACAGAAGGCCAUGGGCACUACCGAUGUCCGGAUCGAUGUGAAGCUCAACAAGCACAUCUGGAGCAGUGGUAUCCGGAGCGUGCCAAGGCGAGUCCGUGUCAGAAUCGCCCGCAAGAGGAACGAUGAGGAAGAUGCCAAGGAGGAACUUUACUCUCUGGUCACAGUUGCUGAGAUCCCUGCAGAGGGUCUGAAAGGUUUGGGUACUAAGGUUGUUGAGGAUGAGGAUUAAACCCUCCCAUGGAUUCAAUCAGCUAGCACUUAGUGCAUAUCAUGAGAGCAAAUUUGAGAAUGUUGCCUUAGAUUAUUGUUAUCUACUGUUGAGAUGACUUAUGUAAUAGAAGAUUCGAGACUUUGCUCAUUUCUUUGAAGUGCUUGAAAUUUUGACUACUUUGUCAAAUCGUGGUAUCUGCGUGGUGUGUUAUCAAACUUA